AGAAAAAAUACUGGCUUUUAGGUUUUCCUUUUUGGUUUUGGUUUUUAUUGUUGGAGGAGUUGUUGUUUAUUUGGUGGUACUGGGAGUUGAACUACGGGCCUAGCAUUAGCUAAGCUAGUAUUUGACCACUUGAGCCACAACUCCUGCUCUUUUGACUUUAACCAUGUACCUAUUUCCUAUUUGAAAGAAAUGUGACUUCUUCAGCUUUUGUUCACCAUUGUGGCUAGGGUGCCUAGGGUUCUAAUCAUGUCUUCUCACAAGAGUUUCAGAAUCAAGCAGUUUCUGGCCAAUAAAAGCAAAAAUCACCCCACUCCCCAGUGGCUUAAAAUGAAAACUGGUAACAAAAUCAGGUACAACUCCAAGAGAAGACACUGUAGGAGAACCAAGCUGGGUCUGUAAGGAAUUUCACAGAUACCCACAUAUUUAUGCUCUACCAUGAACCAGUCAAGCUGAAAUGUCAAUUC